GACAAGCCUCAGCCGCCACCUGAGGGCCGUCUUCCUGAUGCCACCAAGGGUUCUGACCACCUGAGGCAAGUCUUUGGCAAGCAGAUGGGUUUGAGUGAUCAGGACAUCGUUGCCCUCUCUGGUGGCCACACCUUGGGAAGGUGCCACAAAGAGCGGUCUGGUUUUGAGGGGGCCUGGACUACGAACCCUUUGGUCUUUGACAACUCUUACUUCAAGGAACUUCUGAGUGGUGACAAGGAGGGCCUUCUUCAGCUCCCAAGUGACAAAGCCCUGCUGAGCGACCCUGUCUUCCGCCCUCUUGUGGAGAAAUAUGCUGCAGAUGAGAAGGCAUUCUUUGAUGACUACAAAGAGGCCCACCUCAAGCUCUCCGAACUGGGGUAUGCUGAUGCUUAAAUGGCCCAUAUCCUGGAGCGGGAUACAAACUGCUGCCUCAUGCUCUCUCUCAUGAGACAAGGGGGGCAGGUUGUUGUGCUUGCAAGUAUCUGUUGCAGAUGUUGUUCAUGCCUGUAACGUACCA